CCGUCGGCGAAUCCAGUUAGGAUGGGAAAUUUUGGCGGGUAUUUUGCCCACACGGAGGGUUUCCCCAAAAGGAACCCUAGUGGAAGAGUAAGAAUUGAGAAACUGAGAAAGGCAGAAAGAGAGGGAGAGAGGGGAAAAGUAGACAUCAGAGCUCAAAAACCUCUGCGAUUUUAACUCGAUCUUAGCAAAAACUGCUUUCGUUCUCAUAUUUCUUCACCCGAUCUGUAAAUUUGGUGGGGAGAUUGAUUUGAGAAAACUUGGAAAUCUAAAGUAUGCAUUAAUUGGAAACUGAAGAUAGUAUCAUUCGCUUAGAUUGCAUCGGCUAGGGUUUGGAUGACUCAAGCUGCAUUAGAGAAGACGGAGGACGCUAAACCUUUGGAUGCAACAUACAGCAACUCGCGUACCUGUAGCUGCAAUAUGGACACUCCCGAAGCUCGAUUCACAAACUUCUGCAAGUUGAGACUAUCAUUGGAUGAGAACACUUGUACGAGAGCUAUGAAGCUGUUUAAAGAAACCAAGCACCUUCUAUUGGCGAAUAGUUCUGCUAUUGGAAACGGAACGCCUGAUGAAGCAGAAAGGUUUUGGUUUGCAUUUGUUUUAUAUGCUGUGAAAAGGCUAAGCGAGAAUAAUGGAGAUAGCGAGCAACUAGGUUGUGAUGAUAAUGGCUUUACCUUAUGCCAGAUACUAAGAGUUGCAAAGCUGACAAUUGUGGACUUCUUCAGGGAGCUUCCACAUUUUGUGGUCAAGGCUGGUCCCAUUUUGAGUAAUUUAUAUGGUGAAGAUUGGGAAAACAGACUUGAGGCGAAGGAGUUGCAGGCCAAUUUUGCGCACUUGAAUCUUCUUAGCAAGCACUACGGACGCGCCUACCGGGAUUUCUUCUUGACAUGUGAUGCAAAUGUUGAUAAGCAGUCAUCUGUUGCUAGUUCGUCUGGUUAUGUCUCGGACUACCAUCGUUUUGGAUGGUUGCUGUUUUUGGCACUUCGUGUACAUGUGUUCAGCCGUUGUAAGGACUUGGUGACUUGCACAAAUGGUUUGGUUUCUGUUUUGGCUAUUUUAAUUAUUCAUGUUCCUGUUCGCUUCAGAAACUUCAAUAUCAAUGAUUCUCAACGCUUCGUUAAGAAAGACGGGAAAGGUGUGGACAUCAUUUCAUCACUUUGCAACAUUUUUUACACCUCAGAAGAUGAGUUGAGGAAAACAAUGGAAAAGGCCAAUAAUAUAAUAGCAGAUAUUUUGAAGAAAACACCAUUUCCAGCAUCUGAGUGUAAUAGUGAGAACAUGGAGAACAUUGAUACAGAUGGUUUAACAUAUUUUGAGGACCUACUGGAGGACUCGUCCUUGACAUCGAGUUUAGGUGUUUUGGAAAAGGAUUAUGAUGAUGCAAUUCGUAGAAGGGGGGAACUGGAUGAGAGGGUGUUCAUUAAUGAUGAGGACAGUAUACUUGUUUCAGGGAGCUUGUCUGGAGGUGCUGUGAACAUAAGUGGUGUGAAGAGAAAAUUUGAUGCGAUAGCCUCUCCAGCUAAGACAAUUACAAGUCCGCUCUCUCCCCAGUGCUCUCCUGGACCUCAUGCAAAUGGUGUUCAUGGUGGUUCUAAUUCCAAGGUGGCUGCUACACCGGUAAGCACAGCAAUGACAACUGCAAAGUGGCUUCGGACUGUCAUCUCUCCACUUCCAUCAAAACCAUCUGCAGAGCUACGCCAUUUCCUGUCAUCAUGUGAUCGGGAUGUAACUGAUGACGUAGUACUCAGGGCACAUAUAAUAUUGCAGGCUAUAUUUCCAAAUGGUGGUCUCGGGGAGCGUUGUGCGACUGGAAAUCUGCAAAGCACAAACCUCAUGGACAACAUCUGGGCAGAACAACGGAAACUUGAAGCACAGAAGUUAUAUUAUAGAGUAUUGGAAGCAAUGUGUAGAGCAGAGGCCCAAAUAUUGCAUGCAACCAAUUUGACCUCUUUGUUAACCAAUGAGAGGUUCCAUAGAUGUAUGCUUGCCUGUUCUGCUGAACUAGUUCUGGCAACACAUAAAACUGUCACAAUGUUGUUUCCUGCCGUGUUGGAGAGGACUGGCAUUACAGCUUUUGAUCUUAGCAAGGUCAUAGAGAGUUUUAUUAGACAUGAGGAAUCCCUCCCGAGAGAACUGAGGCGACAUCUGAAUUCAUUGGAAGAACGACUUUUGGAGAGCAUGGUAUGGGAAAAGGGUUCCUCAAUGUAUAAUUCUUUGAUAGUGGCAAGACCUAGUCUCUCUGCAGAAAUAAAUCGACUUGGGUUAUUGGCAGAACCAAUGCCAUCUUUAGAUGCAAUUUCCAUGCAUCAUAAUUUUUCUUGUGGAGGGGUUCCACCCAUGCCAUCUUUGCAGAAACAUGAGACUUCACCAGGUCAGCAUGGGGAUAUCAGAUCUCCAAAGAGACUGUGCAUGGAUUAUCGAAGUGUAUUAGUAGAGAGGAAGUCCUUUACAUCCCCAGUCAAGGAUCGCCUCCUGAGUAACCUUAAAUCAAAGCUACCACCACCCGCUUUGCAGUCUGCAUUUGCUAGUCCAACACGGCCAAAUCCAGGUGGUGGAGGGGAGACGUGUGCAGAAACUGGAAUCAAUAUAUUCUUUGGCAAGAUAACCAAGUUGGCAGCGGUCAGAAUCAAUGGUAUGGUUGAAAGGCUGCAACUAUCUCAACAGAUCAGGGAGAAUGUGUACUGUCUUUUUCAACAAAUAUUAAGUCAGCGGACGCCACUAUUUUUUAACCGCCACAUUGACCAAAUCGUACUUUGUUGUUUUUAUGGAGUUGCAAAGAUAUCUCAACUUACCCUGACCUUUAAGGAAAUUAUUCACAACUACAGGAAACAACCACAGUGUAAACCACAAGUUUUCCGCAGUGUGUUUGUGGAUUGGUCAUCUGCCCGGCACAAUGGGAGAACGUCACAGGAACAUGUUGAUAUCAUUACAUUUUACAAUGAAAUAUUUAUUCCGGCUGUAAAGCCUCUGUUGGUUGAGCUUGGCCCUGCUGGAACAACUACAAAAACUAACCGAGAUCCUGAAGUCAACAAUAAUACUGAUGCUCAAUGUCCUGCAUCUCCUAAAAUAUCUCCUUUUCCAAGUCUCCCUGAUAUGUCCCCAAAGAAAGUAUCAGCAGCACAUAAUGUAUACGUCUCUCCAUUGCGAUCAUCAAAGAAGGAUGCUCUAAUCUCACAUAACUCGAAAGGUUACUAUGCUUGCGUUGGAGUGAGUACUCAUGCAUAUCAAAGCCCUUCGAAAGACUUGAGUGCUAUCAAUAACCGCUUGAAUGGGCCCCGAAAACUCAGAGGUACCUUAAAUUUCGAUGAUGUUGAUGUCGGCUUGGUUAGUGAUUCUAUGGUGACCAACAGUCUUUAUCUUCAGAAUGGGAGUUGUGCAUCCUCAUCAGGUGCACCACUGAAAUCUGAGCAACCUGACUCCUAAUUUGAUGGACAGUGUGACCGCAUAUGUAAAUUCUAAGUGUCUCAUUCUUCCCCUGUUUAAUCUAUACAUGUUUUAAACCUGUGAGAUGGGGUAUGGUAUGAGCGGUUUAGUUAUUUUAGGAUGGCCGCCACAAUCCCCAUAUGCUUGUUUAAGGUAGGUAUGGAGCUUUCCGAAAAUGUAGUUCACUCUGACCGACUAAUUUAAUAAAAUUACACUUAUUUUUUUUUUUUUUCAA